GCAACGUGCAACUUGAUACUAAACUCCGCGUGUCCGGUAAGUGUUGCGCCAAGCCAAUUUCUACGAAGACGGGAAUCUCCCGCAGCAGCAUUCUGAAACAGAGGUCGCUCACCUUCCAACAAUCAGAGAGUGAAGCUCCUCUACACAACAUGUGAGAAACGAAGAAUGACGUCAUCGCGGCGUGUUUCUAAUUACUGCACACCUAUUCUACCCGCGCCCGCCCACUUAUUUCGGGAAAGAGAACUUUAGCCCGCCAGCCGCGUCGUCAUGUCUCAAAAGACCGAGACCAAGAAGGAAGAGUUCAGGAAAUACCUGGAGAGUGCUGGAGUUCUGGACGCCCUCACAAAAGUUCUAGUGGGGCUCUAUGAAGAACCAGAGAAACCAAACGAUCCACUGGUGGUCCGGUGGACCAGUUUCUUGAAGCAGCAGCUGCACGGAGGUCUCCCGGAGCCGGUCGAUGCCGAGAUGCUGCGGAGGGAAAAUGAGGAGCUCCAGAGAAAGAACAGAGAGCUGGAGGCAAAGGUCGUGGAGCUCACAGCUGCACCGGAUGAGGUGUUCUAUACUUGUGCCUGGACCUUUGAUCAGGAGACGGGGGAGAGCCUGUUGGCCAUUGCUCGGACUGAAGGGAAUUAUCAGAAUCAUAGGUCUUUCUCUGGUCAUGGAAAUGCCAUCAACGAACUGAAAAUCCAUCCAAACAAUCCUGAACUGCUCCUCUCUGCAAGCAAAGACCACGCACUGAGGUUCUGGAAUCUCAAGACCUCGGUGUGCGUCGCCAUAUUUGGCGGAGUGGAGGGUCACCGGGACGAGGUUCUGAGUUCCGACAUUAACCCCUCGGGAACCCUCAUUCUCUCCUGCGGGAUGGACCACUCCCUCAAGGUCUGGGACAUGGAGUCUCUGGAACUGAAGAACGUGGUUCAGGAGUCGUACAAGUACCAGCGAGGGAUCAAAAAAUUCGAAGUGACAAACUGUGACAUUUGGUACAUUCGGUUCUGUCUGGACCGUCUCUACGAGACUCUUGUCCUGGGGAACCAGGUGGGGAAGAUAUACAUGUGGGACCUGACGGGCGAGGACCCCUCACGAGGGAAGCCACACCUCCUCACCCACAGCAAGUGCACCGCCGCAAUAAGACAGGUCACAGUCAGCAGGGAUGGAAAUAUGUUGCUGAGUGUUACUGACGCUGGUACCGUAUGGAGAUGGGACAGAAGAGAAACUAAAAAAUGAUCAUUUCACAUUACAUCAUCAUUACAUUAUCUCAAUUAUACAUGAACUAAUGCCUGAUGGUACGUGUCACUGAAUUGUUUUGUUGAGCUAAAAAUAGAACCUGAAACAUUUUGGCAGCAGCUAGUCAUCCCACUCAUCAUCAGCAGCUCCCUCCACUGCGUCCUGUGCUAGAGUGCUAGGGACCUCCUUCAUCAGCUUAACUCCCAUUACUUUAGAUGUCCAGCUAGCCCCCGUGGCCUCGCCCCCAGUGAAAUUUGAUGAUCUCGUCUUCUGUACCAUAUCCAGCUUUGUGAACGAGUCUAGAAGAUGAUGUCAUGAUUACAUCAUUGUUUACUGAUGCUUGCGAACCCAUUUUAGCCUAAUAUGCACGUGGGAAGUGUCUACAGUAUUCCAAAAUGAACCUCCAAAUUAAUCUCUACAAGAAUGCUUGGUUAUACUAUAUAUUACCUCUGAAAGAAGAGAAAACUCUGAAUAAAGGACACUUUCGCUGUUCCCAACGUGUCCCUUAUUUAGAGGAUUCCUACUGACCAAUUAGUGGAGAGUUUCCUCUCGUUUUGACUCUGAUUGGUUGUCCGUACUCCACCUCGACAUGGGAGUAGGCUUCCUCCUCACCCCAGAGACAGAGUACCCCGGAGUGAGUAGGGGUAACGAGAGAAGAGAGCUG